GUUGAUUCGUGGGCCCAUCAAUUGGGGACUGGAAGACAAAGAAAGAAUACACACUCGUACUUGUAUGUACUGCAUUUCGUCUAUAGUAAUGAAAUAACCGUCGUUCUGUUAAAACUACACAGAUCGGAUUUUUAAAUAAGAGGAAAGACAACGAUGAAACUAAAGAGAAUGACAUAAGUUUAUGUGGAGUGAAAAGGCAGCCAGAAAAUUAAAAAAUGGAUGCAGGUUCGACAUUUGUCGAAUCAACUGAUAUAGAGAUGUCUUCAUACUUGACGACACAAUCGCGAGGAUCGGACAGCGUAACAAUGGAUCCUGAUCUUCUAAAAUCUAUAAAAAAUCAGCCAAUAAUUCCGCCUGAAAAAAAGCGCUCUGUAAAAUACACAAUUCAAGAAGUGACAGACAUUAAUAAAAAGAAAUAUAGAGAGAUUGACUUUGAUCUUUUACCUAGAUUUAAAACAAGAAUACAAAAACCAAAGAUAUUAUGGUGUUCGCUGUGUGGAAGUGAAUUUUCUUCAGAAGCUAAUAUGAAAAGUCACAUGGCUUAUCAUAAAAACACUGAAACCUUUAAGUGCGAUGAAUGUGAUAAAGUUUUUGCAAGAGGAGGAUAUCUUCGUGAACAUAAACAGCGAAUCCACUGCCAAUCACGUCCACAUGUGUGUCCAAUUUGCCCGAAGGCUUUUGCCCAAACUAGAAAUUUACGUCUACACAUGAGAAUUCAUACUGGUGAAAAACCAUAUAAAUGUUCAACUUGUCAUCGAGCGUUCGCUCAACGCUCCAAUUAUAUGGCACAUAAAGCGAGUAUGACGGGCUGCGAGAGAAGCACUACGAUGACAAAGAUUGUUGGAAGUGAGAAUGGCAAAAAAGUAGUGCUUGUAUCACCAAAACCAAAAAACAUUGUGGAAAGGAAGUACUAUGAGGAAGUACCUGAAACAACAACAACUCCACCCGUCGAUACAGGACCACCAAGACCAUUACUUCUGGUGAAAAACUUUAAUUGUGUAGAUUCAGAGGUAUCUUAUAGAACUGCUAAAUAUGAUGAUAAAUGGGCAUCUUCUCUUGUGAAAAGCUUGAUUUGUAAUGGAACAGGAUCCAGUAGCAGCCCCUCAGAACAAUCUGAACAUAAUAACAUAGCUGUUGAUCAACCAGAACAGUUGAUCAACUCAAAUAUAUCAACAAACACAGCCGUGAAUGAUAUCAAAAGGGAACAGUUAAGCAAACUGAUAAGUAGCCCAGGGGAUGAUGUUAAUGACAAAACUCUAAAGGCAUUAUUAAAUAAGCAAUCUGGUGGUACCGCUGGUACCAUAUCCACUGAUUCUGUAUCAUCAAAUGCUGAAACCAUUAGUCCACAGCCAUCCACUAGUCGAGAGGUUAAUAUCAUCAAGCAACUAAUGAUGGAUGUUCAGAAUAUAAAAAAGGAACCAAUUGAAAAUCCAGAUAGUUUAAUUUUAGAUAUCAAAAUUGAACCUAAUGAAGAUUAUAACUCUGAUAGUGAUGUGACUGAACAAAUUGAGAGUCCACAGCCAUCCACUAGUCGUGAGGUUGAUGAUCAACCAAUGAUGGAUGUUCAGAAUAUAAAAAAGGAACCAAUCGAAAAUCCAGAUAGUUUAAUUUUAGAUAUGAAAAUUGAACCUAAUAAUGAAGAUUACAAUUCUAAGAAUCACGCGACUGAACAAAUUGAGAGUGCGACAAGUACAUCAGUGUCAAAUUCCCAGAAUAAAAUUGAAGACUCAUCUUCCCAAGCCAUGAAAAAAUUUCUAGACAACAUCAAAGUCGAACCUGUGCAGAUUUCUGCUAAAACAUUCCCUGGAUAUAAUAUCAACGUCACUGCGUCAACUUUUAUAUCAAAUAAAGUUUUACCUGGCGAUAGCACUGGAGCAAAAGCGACAGACAAUCUAGCAGAUGAUCACACACUUCGACAAGCAACUAAGCGAUGCAACAAGCACCUUGCAAUACCAGACAUUAUACCAAGAGUAGAUGAUGCAUUACUCUCCUGUUUUCCAAAAAGUACAUCAGUUUUAGAUUCUAUAACGGACUACGUCGACAGAAACCGUGCCCGGCUGAAAUCUUGCCGGAAGAAUAACCGCAAAUACACAGAAGAUGAGAUGGAAGCAUUGCAGAAUGUUAAAAUCAAGCUCCUUGAAGGGAAAUUUAAAGUAUCAUCAAAUGAGGAAGACUACAAUUCUGAUACAGAAUCUGUUUCAGAAUCAGAUUGUGAUCUGGGUUUGUCAAAAUCGUUUUUACAAAAGUCGGCAGGUUUUAAUCCACACGUAUCACAGUUGAUGCCACAAACGGGUAAUUAUAAAAUUAAAUGUGACAUCUGUUUGAAACUAACUCAGUUCGAUAAGGUCAAAGGUCGUCAUUUGUUUUCUGAAGGUGAUGCAGAAUAUUAUCAAGUUUGUGAUAAUUGCGAGCAAGAUGUUUUAAAAAUAAGAUAUUUGUGUGUAGAAAUUAAUCGAUGUGAUUCGAAGGAGCAACUUUAUAGUUGUUAUCUAUGUUGUAAACCUUUUUCACAACAAUAUGAGUUAAUAAAUCAUGCCGCCUAUCAUAUCAGACAGAAAGCAAAUUCUUGUGCAGUAUGUGGCAAGGAAACUCUUUCAGUCGUUGCACGACAAGGCCAUUUCGUAGAACAUAUGGACAAAUCAAUGGUAAUAGAAUGUCGCACAUGUACGAUAAACUUCCUCUCUGCAGGAGAUUUUUUAACCCAUGAAUGCUUGAAAAUAUUAAGGAAAAAUGAAACGGUGGAUAUUUGCAAUGUUUUUGCCAAGUCUUCAAAUGAUGUGAAGGUUUCUGGCCAGUCCCUGGAUGAUUCAGGUGAAACUCAAAGUAUACCAACAUUCACUUCCAUCUUCAACCAUAGAGGCAAUUUAUUUUGUGCGAUCUGUAGAUUUACAUUUGUUAACAAAGAAAAUUAUGAGCGCCAUAUGGAUAACCAUAUGACAGGAAAGAUGUUAAAAUGUGAUAUUUGUUUCAAGGAAUUUGCACGAGAGGUGUACAUUAAGGCGCAUAAAAGUCGUUGUCAUGCUGCCCAGGGAAAAUUCAUGUGUAAAUUUUGUGGCAAAGGUUUCCGCGAAACACGCAAUCUCUUGCUUCAUGUCAGGGUACAUUUUGGCCGUAAACCAUACAAGUGUUCUAAAUGUAAAUCAGUAUUUACACAGAGAACAAACGCUGUUAACCAUGUUGAGACACAUCAUCCAAAAGAUCCCAUGACUAGAGUCAUUUAUUAUCCAGCAGAUAAGAGACACAAUGCUGAAGACUUCAUGUUGAAGGAAGGAGAAAAAGCCCCAUUUUUGCCAACAGAAAAGUCCAGUGAACAGGCUGCUCUGAUCUGUGAAUUUUGUCACAAUGGUGUCAAAGAUAUACAUGAAUUAAACAAACAUUUUAAACUUCAUAAGCAGCAUCCUUACAAAUGCCCCAUCUGUUCUGAGGAGUUCUUGUAUAAGCAUUACAUCACACGACAUAUUGAAUCACUUCAUAGAGAUGCUACAAUCGUGACCACUCUGCUAGAAUCACCUUCAGGGGACAUCAGACCAACAUCCCAACCUGUUUUACAAUGUGGUAAGGAGGGAUUCAAACCAGCACCAAAAAGACGCGCCAAAGACCAUUUUACGAAAAGAUGCACUAAGGACUAUAUUGACUUUGAUAAAUUGACAGAAACAAUUGGUAACAAAGCAUUUGAUGAAAUAUCAGGUGCAUCAAGUUCCAACGAAGACAAGUCUGAAGAGCCAACAAUGUCUGGUUCCAUGCAUUUAAAAUUGCCUUCCAGCUCGUUACCUCGAUUAACACAGCAAGAGAAACGUCAGAAAACAAUUAAUAGAAAGCGUAUUGCCAACUUGAUAGUAAAGAAUAGUCUUGGAGUAACCCCUAAUGCAUAUUCCAUAAAUUCUUCAGAGUUGCAUGGGCCAGGUUUUGCUCCAGGUCCAUUCACCCACCAACAGGCUGUAUCAAUGAUGAAUGGACGAUCUUCGAAACCAUCCAAGUUACUAUUCAAUACAGGAGCUCUGAUAUCAGUACCUAGAAAUACUCUCAAUUUGUCUAAAAGCUCUUUGGGAAGAAGUUUCCCUUCUUCAACUCCUGGCAGCAAGCAAGGGUACCCAGCACCUAACAGUCAGCAACCGUCUUCAACAUCUAGCAGCCAGCAAGGGUUGGCAGGAGUUCGUACAACUACAUCUGAUUGUGAAUCUGGUCUGUUGUCUGAUUUUCACCAGUCAUCAGAGGAAGACACAGCUUCUUCUGAAGUUUUGCAAACAACCUCAGCUUCAGGUACUGAAGAUGUCAGCUGUAAGUUGUGUUGGAUAAACUUUGAUUCUGAAGAAGAUUUUUAUGCUCACAUGUCACUUAAUCACCCAGGUCAGAAGAACUAUAAAUGCAAAAUAUGUAACACAGAAUUCAUCUUACAAAGUGCUUUAACUUUUCAUAUGAUGGUUCAUCCAAAAGUUGUUGGUGCAGAUACCCACCCAGCCGGGAGUUCCAAGGGAGGUGGUGCUCCUAAUCAACUUCUUUGUCCAAAAACAAAACCCUGUGAUGCCUUAGCAAUAAUUCUGGAUCCAUUGACAACAGAUAUAAAAAUUGAAGAAGGAUCAUCUAAUUAUUCUUGUGAGCUUGAUAAUUCUAUUGAUGACAAUUGUUCAGUAAGAUUUCAGCAAGGAGGUGCAAGCGCCAAAACUGCAGACACAGCUAUUGAAUCAGACUGUAUGGAAAUUAAUAUGAAUAAUUUUUCUAAAUCUGCUACUUCAAGAAUGGAUUUAUCCCACAUUAAAACUGAAAGCAUUGAUAAUCACGAUUCAGAAGGAAUUCCAGGACCGUCUGCAUCGGCUGGUCCAACUCCGAUGUUAAGGGAACAAUUCCAAACUGCAGAAUCAUCGAGCACGAUCUCUCCUGAACACAUAAAGGCUAUGUUAAAUUGGGCGAAUUCUGAGGAAAAUGUGUUUAAUCUUAGUCAAACUGGCCCUAAAAGAGUUAUUCAGAUUCCCCAGCGCCGAGUAAAACCUGUAGAUGUUAAAAAAUGCAUUAAAUGUCAUAUUUGUGGAAUGGUUUUAAAAGAUAAAGUUUUUCUUAAAGAACAUCUUUACCUUCAUUUGGGACUGAAACCAUUUAAGUGCGAGCAGUGUGAUCAUAAGUUUGCGAAGAAAGAUUAUUUGAAUGAGCACAUGCAGAGGAUACAUUCUGGACUAAAGCCCUUUAAGUGUUCAGAAUGUGACAAAUGUUUUUCAACAAAACGAAAUUUAAAUCUUCAUCUUCGCGGACAUUUUAAUGUAGAACCUUAUCAGUGUGGUGUGUGUCUUAAGAGAUUUAAAACUGCUACAGCCUAUAAAUAUCACACAAAAAGAAAUCACCUGGAGAAAACAUCAAGUGAAUGAUGAAUAGGUUCUUUUAUCAAUAAUGAAUUAAAGUCGCUGAUGGUCAUUUGGGGGAUUCUUGCAAACUAUAAUCUUAUGAAAGGUGAAUCUCUAAAAGAAAUAUCAGUCCAAAAAUGAUUUAAAGGUCACUGGAAAAGCUUCAUAAUUGUUUUAAAUAAUGCAAGGAAUUAUGUCAACAUAUCCUUUCUAUAAGUAAAUUACAAUCCUGAAUGUCAAUGUUUUUUUGUUUCAGGUUGUCUGAAUGGGAUUAGGGAACAGGCUUAAUGUAUGUAAAACCCCUCUCCCUGUUACCUGCCACUGGUAAAUUUCAACAGGUAGAUUUCCGCUGUUCUCUGUGAGUAGUUGUAAUUUUCCGCCAGUAUACAAGGCAUGACGUAAUUUUAGUCCUUCUGCUCAUAUUCUAGUCUAUAUUUCUAUGAGCAAAAGGAAUAAAAUUAUGUCACAGCUUGUUUAUUGGCGGA